AUGGAUUUGGAAGUAGACGAAAACAACCGAUUCAAACAUAUGUUUCUUGCUCUUGCGGCUUCCAUCUCACCUUUCUACUUUUCGCUUCGACCAGUGAUUGUGGUCGACGGCACACACUUGAAGGGGAAGAACAAUGGUAUUUUGUUCGUCGCCGUGACAAAAGACGCAAAUAAGCAAGUUUUUCCGUUGGCAUUUGGUGUCGGACCGAUCGAGAAUGAUGAGUCAUGGAAGUGGUUCCUGUCAAAUAACAAAAUUAAGGGCUACAGGCAAGCUGUUGUUGAGCUUUUCCGCCAGGCUGCAUACGCCUACGAGGACUCAGAAUUUUCACGUGCAAUGUCGGCUAUGGCUCAAUUGAAGCCGGCGGCGUACGGGAAGUUGAUGCGCGUAGGCCCUGAGAAGUGGGCACGAUCACAAAGUCCGGUGACCCGUUAUAGUUUUCUUACAUCUAAUGCUGCCGAGGCUUUGAAUGCCCACUUGCGUCUUGCGGAAGAGAGCAAUGAUCUUCUUACUCCAGAGGCAACACAGAAGAUAAGUGCGGAGAUCUCAAAGAGUCGUCGUUACACUGCGAAGAGGACCUCCGAGAGAAAAUACAGGGUUCGUGCUGGUGAUCGUCGCUUCAUGGUUGACCUUCAAGCGAAGAGCUGUGAAUGCAAUGAAUUCGACCUGGACGGCAUGCCGUGUUCUCAUGCUAUCGCAGCCAUUACUGAGGCGAAAGAGCCAGUGGAAGAUUACGUGGAAGCUUACUACCUGCGGAGUUCACUGGUUCAAACAUACUCCGGUUCAGUAAAUCACUUGCCUCCCUUAGAGCAUUGGGAAAUUCCGUUUGAAGUUGCAACUGAUAUUGUUUUGCCAAACCUUUCUCGGCGACAAGCUGGUCGACCAAGAGAAUCUAGAAUUCCUUCAGCUGGUGAGUGGCCGACUCAGAGGACUACUACAGCGGAUGCAUCAAGUAGUCUGGGAAAACGAGCACCCAAAACCUGUGGUCUAUGUGGCUCGCCUGGCCACACACGUAGAGCAUGCAAGGGUACGGGCUGGGAGCAGUAG